CGCAUGCUCUGCUCGCCCAAGAAAAAUCGAGUGAAGUCAGCCGAGUAAUCCGCCUGUGUCAUCUUGCGAUGUGCAAAGAAAAAAGCUAAAUUUCGGGGUGAAAAUUGCAUUUUUACCGCGAAAACUAUCACCAUCGACGAGUUGAAGUGCCUGACGUUGUGGAACGGUUGGAAUUUCCGGCUAUCGAAUAGGAUUUUUCGGUGAAAAUGGCGUUUUAAAAUUUUAAACCUCAGCGCUCUAAUGGAAGAAGAAGAGGGUGGAAGCUCAAGAAUCCGAUCGUCGUCGUCCAGAAGGACUCCUCCUGUGUAGUGUGAGAGCGAGCUGUUGUUUUUUUUACGGUUUGUGCAUGUGUUGGUGUGAUGUGCUGUUGAUGAUUGAUUGCUCGCUCACCCAAGCGAAACAAAACAGAGAGAACUGUCAAGAAGUUCUUAUAAGACUGCCAAGCCCCGAAUAAUAUUCGCAGCGAGAUUUUGAGACAUCACGAAAUAUAAACUGGAAUAGCUGAAGCUGAUUCAUUGAAAAAGUUGUGCUUCUUGGAAGCGGAUGUUUCAUUGUGGUAAAGAAAAUAGUGCAAAGUUUUCAUAGUUUGAAUUAACUUGAUCUGAUUUGGUGUGAGCGUGUUCAAAAGCGACAGUCCCUUUGUGAGAGCAAUCCGGUCGAUCGACCUUCAUGCUAAUGACUCUGGGGACGUGUGUGUGCUCUAGCGUAUUCCAGUUUAGUUUUUAGAGUGGAAGAACAUUCAGCACUUUUUCGCCGAUCGGCAAGAAGAAACUCAGUAAAGUGACGCUCGUGAAAGCCUUUCCUGUAUUCGGGAAUUGUAUCCUCCGGAUGCUGGGUUGCUUUCCGAAGCGAGAGCACGGGAAUGAGCACCACUAGGCCCCGUCUGGUGCACACGAGAAAAAUUCAGCCAACAUCGUCGCCAUCGAAGCGAGCCAAGAGCGGAUCCAACGAAGAGGAAUCGUCGUCACCUUCGCCGACUAGUAGCAGCCCUAGCGGCGGCGACGGCAGCAUUUUUACUAUGGCCGAGACGGGUGGCGGAACGGUACCCGGCAUCGAGGACGUAGGAGACGAGAUUGGAGACCACCCGCCGGCCAAAUUCACGGAAGCAGAUCUGCAAGCCAUUAAGCUGACUAGCGACACGUUGAAGCGCAACCCAAAGAUGGACUUCAGCAAAACGGAUCUCCUCAAGCUGCUUAGUUACCUGGAAGGGGAACUGCAAGCACGAGACGUGGUCAUCGCCGUUCUGAAAACGGAAAAAGUCAAACAACUGCUCAACACCGCCCGUUACAGCAAACCCACUAACCUCAACGAUCCCCAUGCCGCCCUCUAUCGGGACAAUCUGGCCUCAAGUGGGAACAUUGCCAGCCGGCAGUCGUCCAUUCAGGCCGCCUAUUCCGAGCACGAAAUGCGAUUGCUGAACGACCAGCGGUUGGGCGUCAAGGAGCAGAUGGAUUCGCUGGCGGCGCUCGUGAUGCAGCAGCGACAGACGCAAGCCAAAAUGGUCGAGGUUCUCAAGGAUGCCGAGGAACGCUACAAGAAGGUCGUCCAGGAGUUGGAGGAAGAGCGGCGGAAGCAUGAGCACACCACAGCUCAGGGUGAUGACAUCACCUACGGGCUGGAAAUCGAACGGUCACGAUUGAAGCAGGAACUGGAGCACGAAAAGGAGCAACGAAAGGUGCUGGAACUUGAGCUGCAGAAGAUUCAGGAGCAGUUCGAAGAGGAGAAGAACCGACAGAAGCAGAUCGUGCUGCUGUUGCUGGCCGAGCGGAAGAAGAUUAUCAUCAAGUACAUAGAAGAACGAAAGCGGAGCGAAGAUUUGGCGCAAAUUCUGUCGGAGGAGAAGCUCCGGGUGGACACGAUAGCCGAGGGGUUGGAAGAGGAAAGCAAGAAGUCACUCCGAAUGGAAGCCGAGCUGGAGACGCAAACGCAGCAGUACGAUCUAGAGCGGAAGAUGUUGCACCAAAGUCUGGGCAAGGAAGAAAAGCGAAUCAAAGAACAAGAGAUUGAGAUCCAGCAGUUGAAGGCCGAACUGGAACUGCUACGUAAACAGAGCGGCAUUCGUCAUCCGAUCGUAGCGCCACAGCUUCCUACCAAACCAGGCGGUCUGAUGCCGUCCAGACCUUCGAUUGGGGGUGUUCCAGUGGUACCUGACCUAGACAGCGUAGCAUCGUCUUCUUCCGCUUCCGCCGCCGCAGCUGGUUCCAUGGCAUCCGCUGUCGCUUCUUCUACUGGAUCCGCUGCUGCCUCCACAUCAGCCGCCGCCGCCGCAGCUGGUGUUGGGAUUCUACCGCCUGGCGCUGCCGCCAUGAUCAGUAGUGUGGCCACCAAGGUGGUUCAGCCCACUGCAACCGUGUCUAGUGUGCCAGUUUCCGGACCAACCACCGGAAUCGCCCGGUCCGUGUCGCCAGGGCAGCUCAUCCGGCAAACGGCCAUCUCCCAGCUGUCGAUUACGUCGCCCCCGCUAGGACCAUCUGGAACCGCCGCCAUCCCGGUUGCUCCGUCGCCAGAAACCUACGCCAACACCACCGCCAGCACACCCGGCAAGAUGGCCACCGUCCGAAAAGCGUCAGCAUCGCCUGCAGGAAGUCCAUCCGGUCUCAUCGUGGGAGGAACCACCGCAACCAUCAAGAAGACAAUAAUUCCCUCGGUGGGAGGGCGUGGUGUGCCGCCUCCGAUCCCGCCCAACAAACCGCAGAUACCGCCGAAGCUGUCCGGAACGUCGGCCGCUGCUGCCGUUGCCGCCGCCGCCAUAUCAUCCCGUAUACCAUUUCUGAGCAAUAGCAAUCACACCAACAGUAGUAUCAGUUUAGCCAAUAGCAGUAGUACUAGUAGUAAUAGUAGUGUCAUCGGUUCAUCAUCGAUACCAUCGCCAUCAUCCGUGUCCUCACCAUUGUCAUCACUAUCAUCACCGUCACCGUCCUCGGCAUCUCCUUCCUCAACUACGCUAGCUAGCAGUGCUUCCGUGACAGCCAGUGUCAGUGGAUCGGUACCGCUCACAAAUAAUCUUAUCGCAUCUUCAACAGUUGCCAACAACAAUGCCGCUGGAGUCUCAGCAUCACAGGCAUCAGCCGCCACCGCCGCCGCCACAGCAGCCACAGCCGCCCCAUCACAAAAUUCUGCGGCGUCAGUCGCAUCUGCAUCCGUUUCAACCGCAGCAGAAAUACUGACAAACAUCGGUUGCGAAGGUGGGAUAGUGUAAACCAAAUCACCGCAACCCCACAAAAUCCCACAAUUGCUAAUCCCAUUGCUUUCGAUUUAGUUACUAACACACCCGUACAUCACCCUUACUAGUUAUGGCCACCAUCACCAUCUUCGAUCAGUACGAUCAGAACUCCCCCCCCCCUCCAUCUCACCACACUAACACCCAUUACCACAAUCGCGCGUAUCCGAAUGGGCUGCGGGGUCGUAGUUACUACUAUCACAAACAAACUAGUCAUUCGCGCAGUAGCGAACCGCGACGGCUGCAUCCCACACUGCGAGAUCCGCCUGGAGUUUGGAGGAGGCUGACAAACACGCAACGCUAGGUAAAUACCCCCACUUUAGUACUUUGUGAAACACUUACAUAUUAUUGACGCGCGCACACGUACACACCCAAAGGCUGAAAAGGCCUUCGUCGAACAGUAUAGGUAGUUUGUUGGUUCAUUGGUUGAUGUCGUGAAAAUCUGGUUUGCUAAAGGCGUUAUGCCCCGUGUCAGGGAGUUCUGAAUGCUCUCCGUGGUACUCCGUGGUCGUUGCUACCUAAGUCUCACAAUGAAAGCUGUGAAUCGAUGUGAGCUUGAGAUGUUCUAGGGAUGCGAACGGAUACCAUUCUAUGGUAUGCUGCAUCCGUCUGAUUCCGUUUUGACUCUUAAACGAUGCACCACGUGAUGUGCAGAAUUCUCCUCUCUGGAGCCACCAUGUAAUGUUAGGGCCAUCGUGCGAUCAAGCAAAGGUUCGAGGUUUUGCAAUUGAAUUUGCAGUGCACUGCCCCCACUCGCAUAACAGUCCCAACUUUGCUGGGUUUCCUAUUCAUAUGGAACUUUUAUGGGAGCGACAGCAGUGUACAUGUUUGAAAACACACUUGUUUAGUUGGGUGUCCGAAUUAGAAAGAAUUUAUUCAUUUGAAAAGUUACUAAAUUGAAUUAACUUUUCGUUCACCGAGAAAUAUCAACAAUAAAGAGAUAUACUCGUUAACGGUGAUUAAACCCAUCAAGCAAAUCAAGUGAAUUAACUUUUGUCUGAUUUCUUCGUGUCGUGAAUGUACAGUCCGAUAGUUCGGUAUAUACACUGGAACACUAUCGUUCAGGGGAAUAUGUUGUGAACACAAAUUAUUGGUUGAUAAAAUAGUACCAAAAGUUUCAACUAUUUCAGAGUGAAUUCCGGUGAUAUUGCAUUUGUCAUUUUGAUUUACCAAUUCUGUGCGCUUAAAAUUUCCAGAUUUUAUCAGUGAAAUUUCUACACCAGAGUCAAUCAAAGUGUGCAAAUUCUCUCAGCAGCGUCCAAAUUCAAAAUUACGAAAUUACUGUAAGUUGUGUGAAUUGUAAAUACUUUAUGUGUACUUUAAUUAGUUUCUUGGCAUCAGUUAAGACAGUGGUAGUUGAUUGACUUGCUGCUGUUAUUGAUUCGGUUGCUGAAACCCCAACGAGUUUUGUUGAUUGUUGUGCGGCGAAGAACCUGGUGAAUUUUGGGAAUUUUCAGGGUUAUAAAAUACUCUAGACAUUGAAUGUCCUCUAUUGUUGCCUCUAAACGAGUUUUGAAAAUUUUGUCGGAAAUAUUGUUGUUCAGCAUAGCGUGCUCUAAAACUUCCACUUUGCCAUUUUGGCCGUUGCGCUAUAAUUGGUAAGUAUACUUUUUUCCAUCUGUCCCAGAAGUACUUUCCGUAAUAUUGUGCUAGUCGCCAGUGUUUCCGCUCGAGUUUAUAACUCUCGAACAUAGAUGGCACGGAUACUUAACCCGCCCUUCCUAUUAAGAUGUGGAACGGGCUUAGUACUUCAUCGUCUUCGCAGUCUAUGUGUUAGCAGGUGUGAGUUAAGAUAGAACUCUGCUUGGAUUAGCGCACCUCUCAGUACCUCGACAUUUGGUGCUGAGUGAUCUUUUCGUGAUGUUAUCGUUUCCAUGAGACUGUUUUUGACAAUCCUGAUCAGUCUUUCCCAUGCGCCUCCGAAAUGUGGAGCUUUUAGGGAAUUGAAAUGCCAUUCGUGCCCCGCUUCCAUUUUGGAAUUUAUCUGGUCUACCUGACUGCGUAGUUCUCGUUCUGCUCCUAUGAAGUUUGUUCCGUUAUCGCUGUAUAAGUGCGAUACUUUACCUCUUCGGGUUUGAAAAUUCACGAAGCACAAUAAAAAUGCGUCUGUGUCCAACUUCGACGCCAGUUCGAUGUGUACGGCUCUUGUAGUCAUACAGGUGAAGAUUGCGCCCCAGCGUUUUUCCUUGGAUCUGUUUACUGUGACCUCAAAUGGUUCGAAAUAGUCUACCCCAGUAUCUUUGAUUAAAGGGAUAGACGUAGGUGUCUGUUCUGCACUUCGGGAGUGCGGCCAUUAUUGGUAUUUUUGGCUUGGUAAUUACGUUCAUACACUGUCGCGUUAUGUGGUUGGAAGGAUCCAGCAGGAAUCUCGAAGAGAGUUAACUAACAUCCCUCCCCCCCCUUCCGCCCUAUGGAUGUGGUGAGAGACAACAAAAGGAAUCACUUACCCCAAGGAUUGUUCUUCCGGAGGCUUUACUCCCUUACGUGUUGUGGGUCGGUGGAUCAAGCCCCAACAUAAUAUUUGUUCUUUUAAUGUAGUACUUAUGGAUUUUUUAAAAUAUUUAUGCAAUUUCUCCAAUCGUCCAUAAUCGUUCAUUUAUAGAAUCUUACUCAAUUGUCAAAAUAACAUACAAAAAAAAGUAAAAUGUAAGGUAAAGGUUAUAUACAUAGAGCUUAUUGGUUUUUCUUAAAUACGAUACUCCUUUUUGCGAGGUAAAGUGUAGAAAUGUCUCUCAUCGUUCUGCUACGCCUGCGUUAAUCGGGUCGGUCGGUCAUUGUCGCUUGCUGUCGUUGAAACUAAACACCAUGUUUGUCUUCCUCGACGUUCCACUCGGGUUGCAAUUAUGCAACUUGUCUUCGCUGUUAGAUUUCGUUUAUUUUCAUUCAAACUGUUUACCUCUUCCUUAGGUGAGGUAGUGACCUUUCAAAAACAUGGAUUGAGUAGUGGACAGCUGUUCGCGUGCUGCCAGUAUCACUGUUUGUUGUACCGCUUUUAUUUGUUCGCAUUUGAUUCUACACUUGGCGCAUAUUUGCCAAAGUCACCUUGAUCGGUUUACUGCUACUUCGAAAGGACCAAAGUAGUCUACUCCCGUAUGGGUGAAAGGGUAUAUGAACGAGUCUGUUCGACACGAUGGGAGCCAUCAUUGCUUUUGCAUUGAUGCAGUGUUGACAGCGCGCUUUCACAUAUUGAAGUGCCGCGCUUAGAACGACUAUGAAGUACUUUUGCUGUAGAGCCGCUUGUACUGCCUUGUCAGCAUGGUGGUUGAACAUUUCGUGGUACCACUUCACGAUGAGGUUAGUGCUAUGGUGUCCCUUUGGUAAGAUGAUCGGUUUCCUUGUUGCUUUUGGAAUAUUUUCUGCGUAUACCAGUCUACUAUGGGAACGCAUUACCCCUUGAUCGUCAAGCUCGGGAUUCAAUUUAGAGAGCGGUCUAAUCGUAGUUAAUUCCUGGUUCUCUUAUAAAUCUUUCACCUUGUCCCGGUAAGUGUCACGCUGGGCCUUCUUGUAUAGUAUGUUUUCAGCCUUAAUUCUUUCUGUCAUGGUGAAAGCCUUUGUGGAGUUGGCUCGAUUUAUUCCGAAUUGAAUGAUUUUGAGUAUCAUACAGAUACGGAAUAGAAGUUUCCACCAACAUGAGAAUCUUUCCUCUUGUACACAGUCCUUUUGUUGGCUAUGAACUCCGACGAAUUUCGCUUCUUCAGCUGUUUCGAUAGACUCUGCUUGGGGCCAGUCCUUUUCUGGUAGUUUCAGGAAUGGCGGUCCGGGGAUCCACAUGGAUUCCUUCGUCGACGGUUUCGUGCCUUCGUCUGCGGUGUUAUUAGCACUCGGAACCCAUCUCCAUUGAUCCAUAGUGGUUGAAUCAAGGAUUUUACCUGUUCGAUGGGCCACAAACGGUUUAUAUUUUCUGUGCUCUGAGUUUAUCCAUGCUAGUACGGUUUUCGAGUCUGACCAAUAUGUUAAUUUGGUAACCUUGAACCGUGUUUCCCUUUUUAUAAUGUCGGUCAGCCGUAUUCCCAAUAAUGCUGCUUGCAACUCCAGGCGUGGAAUGGAUAGUGCCUUAAUCGGUGCGACUCUUGACUUCGCAGCGACUAAGCGUACGGAUGGUGUUCCUCCAGUGGAGCUUCUGUAGUAUACAACUGCUGCGAAGGCUUUUUCUGAAGCGUCGACAAACGUGUGUAGUUCUACGUGUGAUCCUGUAUUUUCUAAUAUCCAUCUCGGAAUUCUGACGUGAUUCGAUGCUUCAAUUUGCUCCAGCCAAUUCUCCAAGACUUGUUGCUGCCUUUUAGAUAUUGAUUUAUCCCACACAGACGUUUCCUUAUGUAGGUCUUGAUGCAGCAUUUUUCCGUGUAUUGUAAUAUAAGAUAUUAGACCUAACGGAUCAAAUACGCUCAUAACAAACGAGAGUACUUCUCUUUUCGGUGGUUGUCUUAUCUUACAAUACACCUCUUUAGGCAGUCUCUCGAGUUUCACUUGAAAUCCAAUGCUGUCUUUGUUGGUGUUCCAGUAUACCCCAAGUAUCUUUUCGGAUACGUCCUCCGAUACGGUGAGCUAUAAAUGGUUUAUAUUUUCGAUGCUCGGAGUUGAUCCAUGAGAUGACCGUUCUGGAGUCCGUCCAAAACGUAGAUCCUAUGAUUUUCGUUUCUUGCCUGACUGUAUCUGCUAAUCUUACCCCUAGUAGCGCUGCUUGUAGCUCGAGCCGCGGAAUUGAUAGCGGUUUGAUGGGUGCUACUCGCGAUUUCGCUGCCAUGAUUCUCACACAUAGAUUUUGUUGUGUAUUACUUCUUGCGUAUACGAUUGCUGCAAAGGCCUUAUCCGAUGCGUCGACGAAGGUGUGGAGUUCUAUGUGCGUGCCUACGUCCUACGUCAUUACCCAUCGAGGAAUUCGUAUGUUGCUCGCAGUUUGUACUUUCUCCACCCAUGAGUUCCAUAUCUUUUGCGCUCUUUCGGAGAUAGGUGUGUCCCAGUCCUUCGUUUCCUUAUGCAGUUCCUGUAUUAAGAUUUUACCUUGGAUCGUUACGUUCGAUAUUAGCCCUAGCAGGUCGAAGACGCUCAUGACGAAGGAGAGUAUUUCGCGUUUGCUAGGGUUUCUGAUUUUGCAGAGUACUUCUUUAGAUAAUUUUUCUAGGUUCACCUGAUACCCGAUCGUAUCCUUGUUGGUGUUCCAGUAGACUCCGAGUAUCUUCUCGGAUUCGUCAUAUUUGUCAUUAAGAUACUUCUUCGUAUCUAUCUCUCUUCUGUUUUUUUGGAAUCGUCUCUAGUAACAUUUUGUCAUUACAGCAAAACUUCGUAAUGAAGAAACCCCCUCCUUCGUGAGCCUUAAUGACCUGAGCGACGGUGUCCUUGGCCUCCUCCAAGGAAUUGAAACUAUCGUCGUAGUCGUCUACGUAGUGCUGGUUUAUUGGUCUUUUUGCAUUGUGGUUCUUGGCUGCUUGGGCGCAUGACGGUGAACAUGUCGAACCGAAUGUCAUUACUUGCACGACGUAUAUGUCCGGGAAUCUCUGUUCGCAGUUGCGCCAUAAGAAUCGUUGAGCGUCCUGGUCUUUUUUUGCGUAUUGCAAAUCCCACCGCUGUCACCAACUGGAACAAGACCACCCCACUCACUUUCAAAAUUGCAACCAAACUUCUUAAUUCGAACUCGCUGUCUUAAAGAUAUGUCAUCAUUUCAAUAGAUUCACCAACACUUGUUAACACUACACCACUUUAUUUUUUUUUGAACAAAAUAUAGUAUUGUGUUAUGUGACUCUUACAUUUGCUCCUGGAAAAAAAUAUAUGUGUUGGUUAGUCUUCUGAUUUCUUACCCAUAUUUGUUCAUUAACAUCAACUGCACGAUCGCUUCUUCUUCAUCCUGUGUCCGUCGCAUUUGACCUAUCAUCACUUUGUCUUCUCUCUUAUGUGUCUGUUGCUUGUACUGCUGAAUUUCAAUUAAUGCUUUUUUAUGCGUCUUCUUCUGUAGAUGAACAAAUAGUUUAUUAAAGUUUUAUUUUUUUUUCAGGAGUACUCUAAGAAUCCUUUGACGAUCCGACCAUUUUAUAUUUUCCGUGAAAUGGUGUUAAAGUUUAAGGCUCAUAAGAACAAUUUUAGAACAAUUUUAAGGCUGUUACAAAAGUGUCGAUUUCGUUGAACCAAAUUCACGUAACGCCAUUUUUUUCUACUAUUCACACUCAUUAUUUUUAUUCAUAUUAGUUUGUGUUACAUUUCAAAAGAAAAAGAAGAAAGAGACUUACCCUUACUUAUUGUAAGAACGUGUAUCCUUUUCACCUCACACUGCAACACCAAAAGAAAUACACAUUUAUCCCUCUACUACUUAUCGGCACGAUUGCGACACAAGAUCUAAAAAACACAAAUAUUUCAGAAAAAACUUCGUUCAUUUCUAACGAAAAGAAAACACGAAUUUGUCAAAAGAUAAUUAGAAAUUUAUUUAAGAUAAAUUUCUAUUUCUAUAGAUGAUCCUACUCCAGAUCCUCAGCCCGGUUGUAAUCAUAAUAGUAUAUUUCGCCAUCCUGGUGGUGGUCCACCACACGGAGCACGCCUCGGUCCCAUCGAAGGACCUGCUUAACUUCUGAGCAUUCUGUAAGUUGCAUGCACAAAUAAAGACGAUGUGACAUUGUGACAUUCCUAGAGAAGAAAAAGGAAAAUAAAUCAGAUAAAAAAAAAAAACCAAAAGUUUACUAAUUUUUCUAGCUGAAUUACACUUACCAUGUUUCUUUCUCCAGUAUCCUAUAGCACUGAAAGUCGAAAACAGAAUGAAGCAGAUAUUUGUUUCCUCUUCUUUCGGCUAUCACGGAUAAGGAAAGAGAACACUGAAUUGACUAAACUAAAUGACUGUGAUGUAGUCCUACCAUUAUCCCUGGUCUCAUGUUAUUGCAACUAUCUAACGGUAGUCCUCUUAAGUGAGGAUAGCGUUCGCAUAAUUCUUGGUAAUUUCUCGAUUAUUUUGGUAGCAUUAAGUUUUCAAUUGUCCUAACGUCUCUCAGCACAUGGCUGCUUUUUGUAUCUCCUCCAAUGACUACGUCGACGCUUCGACUGAAGUUAUGCUCUGUUGUAACCUCUUGUAUCCAAUUGAGUUGAAAAGGUAUUGAUUUUCCGACUAGCUUCAGUUCUCUAGCGAUAUUUGCUUCUAGUAGAGUUAGCGACGAACCGGGAUCUAGGAAGGCGUAAGUUCUUACGACUUUGUCUUUGUUUCGUAAUGUCACGGGUAAUACCUGGUAAUGUACCGUUACCGGUUUCGCGUUGUCGUUAUGAUUAUUCACUGAUUGUUGUUCAAUCGUCACUUCUUCUGUUGGAGGGUGGAGCAAUCGGUGAUGCCUUCUUGCACAUCCCCUAAUGCCGCAUCUCUUGACCUUGGUACAUUUAAACAUGUUAUGACUCGUGCCUAGGCAGCUGAAGCAUAGGCGUUCCAAUUGGGCUAUUUUUUGCCUUUCCUCAACUGUACUUACUGUAUUUCAAUUUGUUGAGCAAAGUGUUUCUUAGACAGUGCCUGUUUGGCGCCUUUUUCAAAUUAUUUAAUGUUCUAUUAAGCUCCUGAAUCCAAUUUUGAAUUUUUAAAGUAGCUUCAUCCAUCAUACGAUAGAUCAUACGCUAUCAUAUGAUAGAUCAUGCGCUUGUCCUUGCGGGUUUACUUUUGUUUUCCUUCAGAUGUCCACUCCGAGCCUACUAACGACGAGUAUUUAAAUUCUUUAUAUACUCAUUGACGACUACUCUUCCGUCGACGUCACUCAAUCCGAACGUGUCCAUGUUGAUCCAUUCCGGGCGGCCGUAACGAUAUUGCGUGUUGAUCGUGGGCUAUACAGCCGGGUGGUAUCAAAACUCGAAACGGUAGAUGUAGCUACGCGGUAGGUUAACGUACUCUACGCGAGGCUUGAACACUGCGACAGCUGUGACUCUAAGCGAAAUCAGCUGGGUGUAGCAUCUAGCAGAUACUAUUUCUUGGGUGGGUCGGAGAUUACGGGGCAGUUGGUCGUCGUUAGCAACGACAUAUCCUAGCUGUGUUUGAGAUCCGACUUCGGUUUCCACGGGUCCGAUAACCGAUGGUAUCUUCGCAUCUGCAACCUUGGUUGAGAUAUGGCGGAGUAAAUCGAUGCAAAAGGGAAUCCCGUUAAAGUUCCGUCCAAACACAAUGUUGUCCAAAUCUUGGACAUCCGCGUCGUAGCCAGCUUGUAUUCCUAAUUCAGCGUAAAUGUUUCGAAUCUCUGGUGUAAUGGGCAUAGUUCUUGGUACGUAUCCAAGUAGUGAACGAGUGGGCUGGGUAGCGCCACAUCUCGACACCCUGUGGGUUGGCUACCUCAUAAAGCACGGAGAAGGCGGCCACACCUGGAAACGGUAUACUACCAUAGAUAUGGUGCGUGUCUGCGGUGAUAGCGCCAAAGAAUCCGGCAAUAUCAUUGACGAUGUUAGCGUCUAAUUCCGGGACGCUGACGUGCCAUUUUCGAGAGUUGGGAUCCCUAACAGGUCCGAUCGCGGAUAGGUACACGGCGAUCGCCUUCGGGAUACAAAUUCCGGUGGGCAUGUGCGACUUGAAUUCGAUGUAUGCGGUCAUCGGGAUCUCGUUCUGAAGAAAGCGUAUGAAAUACAGUCUCUCUCAUAGCAACAUCGUACAGUAAUAGGUCCACAUGGCCUCUGUUACACUCCGAAUCCAAUAUCUAUUUUGUGACAUCAUAUCUCGAUAAAUGGAUUCGACAAGAUCGAAAUACCCAGAGUAGUUUAGGCGUAACUCUGGUACACGCUUGAGGAAGCCUAACGCAGCUAAAUCAGCGACAGAAAAAGCGUCGAUGUCACAGGGAUCGUUUUUCGGUGUCGUAAAACUGGUCGAUAGGUUUAAAAGCACAAAAUUGGUUGCAGAUAGAUUUAUGGCAUAAACUGCCCUUGUGGUAGGCCUAAAAAAAUUUAACUGGGGUUGGUCUGAAUGAUGAAUUAACGGAGUGGGUUGCAUAUUGUUUUGAACUGGGGGAGAAUUCUGUUGUUGAUUAAAUUGUUGAGGAAUGUUUUGAGCUACAUACAUUCCAUAAUGAGGAUUAGAGUGUCCUCUUUGAGCAAAUUGUCCACGUUGAUGAUACGAUCCUCUACCUUGAUGGUAACCUCUGUUGGUGAAAUUACCUCUUCCGUGGAAAUUUCCACGAAAGUUUCCGUUCCUUUGGAAAUUAUUGUAACUUCCUCGAUUGGGUACAAAAUAUCCACGACCAUGUCCACGAU